UACUUGCUCUCAUCUGCACAACCAACUUUUCUUUUGGAUUUUGUUGGAACCAAGCAGUCAAUUUCUUCCAAGAAAUUGUUCUUAGCAUUCUAUUAAUUUAAGAGCUGCUUGUGAUUACUUGUAUAUAUGCACAAUCUUCUUUCCAUUGAAGUUUGUCAGAUCUAGGAUGGCUCUUGCACUUGCAACAACUAUCUCUCCGAAUACUUGUCCAACUAGUUAUCAUGUGUUCUUGAGUUUCAGGGGUGAUACUCGCAAGACUUUUACUGACCACCUCUACACAGCCUUUGUCAAUUCAGGCUUUCGUACGUUUCGAGAUGAUGACGAACUUCCAAGGGGACAUGAUAUCAAACCAGAACUGCGGAAAGCCAUCGAGCAGUCACGAAGUUCUGUUAUUGUGUUUUCAAAAGACUAUGCGUCUUCCGGAUGGUGCCUUGAUGAGCUUGUGAUGAUCAUGGAACGCAAGAAGACCCGUGAUCACAUAGUUUUACCUGUCUUCUACGACGUCGAUCCAUCCCAAGUAAGGAAGCAAACAGGAAGUCUUGCAAAAGCAUUUGCUAGACACGAAAGAAAUCAUUCCUUGAAGGACAAGGUGAAGCGAUGGAGGGCGGCACUCACAGAAGUUGCAGAUCUAGCAGGAAUGGUCUUGCAAAAUGAAGCCGACGGGCACGAGUCUAAGUUCAUCAAGAAAAUUGUAAGGGUAAUGGAAGAUAAACUAAGGCGCAAUCCCCUAAGUGUUGAACCCCACCUAAUUGGAAUAGAUUCUCAAACGGAAGACAUCAAUUUAUGGUUACAAGAUGGAUCAGCUGAUGUUGGCAUACUUUUAAUUCAUGGGAUGCGUGGGAUAGGAAAAUCAACCAUAGCGAAAUUUGUUUAUAAAUCAAACUUUCAAAAAUUUGAGAGAUGCAGUUUCCUUGAAAAUGUCAGAGAAGUUUCAGAACAAUCAAAUGGCUUGCUUCGGCUACAAAAACAACUUCUUAAUGAUAUUUUGGGUGCAAGUAAAGUGACAAUUCACAAUAUUAGUGAAGGGAUGGCUAAGAUUGAAGACGCUAUUAGCUGUGAAAGAGUUUUUCUUGUUCUCGAUGACGUGGAUCAUGUGGACCAAUUAGCCGCAUUACUGAGGAUGCAAAAUAGGUUUCAUCCAGGAAGCAAGAUCAUCAUAACAAGUAGCUGUGCGGGAUUGUUGGGAGCUCACUGCCAAUUUGCUAAGGUGCAUGAGGUUAGAAUUCUGGGUGAGGAUGAUUCAUUAGCGCUCUUUAGUUGGCAUGCUUUUGGACAGGACCAUCCCAUUGUAAGUUAUACUGAUUACUCGAAAAGGGUAAUAGAUCAUUGUGGAGGACUUCCACUAGCUCUUAAAGUUUUAGGUUCUUCUUUAUCAGGAAAGAAUCUAGUUGUCUGGGAAAGUGCAUUGAACAAACUAGAAGCUAUUCCAAAUGGUGAAAUAAUGAAGAAACUCAAAAUAAGCUACGACUCCUUACAAGAUGAUCAUGACAGAAACUUAUUCCUUCAUAUUGCAUUCUUUUUCAUCGGAAUGGAGAAAGGUAUCAUUGUUACAAUCUUAGAUGACUGUGACUUCUUCACAGAGGUUGGCACUCAGAAUCUCAUUGAUAGAUGUUUGGUAACCACUGACAAAGAUAAUAAGCUGGUGCAAAUGCAUGACAUGAUUCGUGACAUGGGAAGAGAAAUUGUUCGUCUAGAAUCCAAGGAGCCAGAACGACGUAGUCGAGUAUGGCAUCAUAAGGAUUCUUUCAAAAUAUUGUCCGAAAGUAUUGGCACCCAAACAAUUGAAGGACUUGUUCUCAACAUGCAAAUGUACCCUUCGAGAAAUUCAAGUAAGGUGGUAUUGGAAACCAAUGCAUUUACAAGGAUGCACAAACUAAGACUCCUCCAGCUCAGUCAUGUGCAGCUCAGUGGACGCUACGAAGAAUUUCCUGCAGGACUGAGAUGGCUUUGUUGGAUUAAAUUUCCUUUAGCUUCCUUACCCACUGAUUUUCCGUUGGAGAGCCUUGUUGCUCUUGAAAUGUGUUAUAGUAGUUUGAGACGACUUUGGAGGGGAACAAAGUAUCUCCCAUCACUAAAAAUCUUAAAUCUCAGCCACUCUCAUGACUUUACAGAAAUCUCUGAUUUCUCAUGUAUCCCUAAUCUAGAGAGACUCAUUCUUGAAGAUUGUGCGAGAUUGGUAAGUGUUCAUGAAUCCAUUGGAGUCCUGGAGAGAAGGCUUAUUUAUUUGAGUGUGAAAGAUUGCAAAAAUCUUAGGAUGCUUCCGGAGAACAUUUCUAUCCUAACCUUCCUUGAAACACUUGUUAUCUCUGGUUGUUCAAAUCUUAGAGAGUUUCCGACAGAAAUGAGGAAGCUACAAUCGUUGAAAGUGUUUCAAGCAGAUGGAGUUCCAAUACAUCGGUUACUAGUCACUACCACCAGGGAGGUCGAACUGUGCUCAAGUCCGAUUCAAGAACUUUCUUGGGCUUCUUAUCUUCCGCGGAAUUUAGUAAACUUGAGUCUAAGAAACUGCAAUCUUUUGGAUGAUGAUUUUCCUAGUGAUGUUGCUAAUCUAUUGUCGUUGCAAAAAUUGGAUCUCAGCGGGAACCCAAUUUCUAGGCUACCGGAUUGCAUAAGAGGUGUUACUGGCCUCCAAGAACUCUCUUUCAACGAUUGUACAAAGCUCAAAUCACUUCUAGGGCCAGGAGAAUCAGUUAGUUUCCAUGUGGUCGGGUGCACAUCAUUGGAAAAAGUAACAUUUCAACCUUUUUCUCGAAGAGGUUGUGGUCAUUGGGGGUCCAACCAUAACCUUGUUGAGUUACAGGGUGAGUUCAAGAUGGAACCCAUUGAAAGAGUUGAUAAAGAAAUGCUAAAACUUUUGAGUCUAGGCAACCUGGAAACCUUGGAAAACAUUUUGAUGGUCAGUAGUGGAUUUCAUUCUGCAUGGGAGGGAACACAUCCCGUCCAGGGACUGUACGAAGAUGGUAUAUUCAGCACAUUCCUUCCUGGAGACGAAGUUCCAGGCCAGUUCAGCCAUAGGAACAGAGGGUCCUCUGUAUCUUUUACUGUGCCUUUACUUCCCAAUCUCAAUAUACGAGGGCUGAAUGUCCUCUCGGUCAUAGCACAAUCCAACAACAAUGAUUCUGAUCCUUUGACCAAUAUUGUCAAUAUUGACGGUUCACGUUAUCCGACAAUUACCGUUGUGAUUAAUAAGAGCAAGGGGCUGAAGUGGAUCCAUGGUCCAAACUUCUCUGGCGUUCCGGGUGAAGGAAAAGAUGUGAUAUGGUUAAGUCACUGGAAGUUUGGGAAUCGACUUACAUGUGGUGAUGAGGUGACUAUUUUAAUAUAUACGAAAUCUGAUUUCAAGGUAAAGGAGUGUGGCAUCCAGCUUGUUUACUACGAUGAGAAAGAUCAUGUGGCUUCGACCACGGACGAUCCUUGUUUUCUCCGAGCUGGAGUUCGGUCAACAAUACCCUGUUAUCGGGAGGAAGGAAUAACCUUCCUAUGCAUACACGGAAAAGGAUGUUUUAUUGAUGAAAAUAUUGGCCUCAUUAGGGAUAUCAAUGAAAAAUCAGAGAAAGAAGAAGGGCAAGAGGGUGACCUCGUCCUCACUCUUGCAGCACAAAGUGGCAGCAAUAGCAAUAAACGAGGUUUGUUCAGCAGAGGUUGGAAGGGGAUCAUGAUGGCCACCAUCCUCAUUCUUUCUCUUCCUCUGGUUACUCGCUCUCCUCUCUUCCAGCAGCGAAAGAAACAACAGUCCACAAGCCCUCCAUGAAUUUGUUGUAUUAAUUGGGCACAAGUCAUAUCGUAACUUCCUUCUCUUAUUAUUUCAAAAAGUAUAAUUUUGAAUCACUGGAUUUAUACCUUCGGUUGGUUUUGUUGUCCAUGUGAUUCAAAAUUAGUGUAUAGAGGUUUUCUGCUUGAUGGGUGGAACAUUAUACUAUAAUCUAAAGCCGAACGACCUUCACUGUUCAUCCCUGUUUAUUUAACUGUUCAUAAGGGUACGAAAUGACGGUACCCUCGGUUUUGUCUGAAUUACCAUGCUGCCAUUUCCCCUCAAUAUAUAAACAAAAUCCCUAAUUCUUUGUGUCUUCGGGAAGACCCUAUCAAGAUCGACAUUCACUUUUUGCAGCAUCAAACGCAGCCAUCAACAUCAACAACAGAAUCGAUAUUUCUUUCUUUGUGUUUUGGAUCUCUUGAAGAAACGCAUGCCUAAUUCUCAAAGCUCUCUAUCAAGAUAUUGUGAAGGUUAUCGAUCUUCAAGAAGUUAUUGAUGAGGAGGAGGUGAUUGUGCCUGAGAUUUGCUGCUGCUACUUCUUACUGUAUGCCUUUGUUCUUCACUUCUUCAUGUUGAUAUCAGCUCAUGUAACACAACUGUUGUACGAGAUAGAAAGAGUCAUGAUCCUGAGAAACGCUAAUAGUACUGCUAGACUUUGUAUAUUAUCAAAAGCUAGAUGAAUGGUGAGUGGUUGAAUUUCAUUUCCAUCUCAAACUCUGUUUUUGGUAUUAGUCUCAUUCAAAAGGUGCAGCACGUUCAUUGUGUAGCAGAAUGGGCCUGCUGCUUGCUUUCUUGAGGUACUUUCUUCUUCCUCAAUAUUUACUAAUUCCAAUACUAGGUUUUUCUUAUAGAUCAAUUCUUCUUCUCAGAGAGGCGAAGGGGCUGGUGAUGGUUUUUCUUUGAGAAAUUGAGCAAUUUUGAACAAAUAGGAAUAUCCGAUUGAGGUGGCACCCAUUUGAUCAAAUUGGGGGGAUUUGAUUGAACAAUCAGAUAUCUUUGAAGGAUUGAGCUCCGGGUCAAUGCCAGCAGAUCAAAUCGACAAGUUAAAUUUUGUUUGGAGCCUCAGGACUAUCACGGUGGUUACAGCGAAGGUUCAGUGUUUGGUCAUGAUUGUUUGUUGGGCUUGCACAGGGAGAGAGAGGGGGGUGGGCUGCUUUCUCCAUGAAAUUGUGAAGCAGUGGAAUGACGGUUUUGUCCCUGAGGUUUAGAAAAGGGUCGGUGGUGUUGUGUGUUCAUCGAUUCGAUUGUAGUUGUCAAGCUCUGACAUACAAGCAUACCCAUUUAAGCUGUCCGAUACAACGGAGACGGAAGCAUCGACCGGAUCGAUCAGGCUCUGACGUACAAAGGUUGCUGGGGUGGGAAAGAGGAGAAGGGAUUCAAGAUUCAAGAUUGUGGUGGGCUUCGGGUGAAGGGUUUGGGUUUGUUUUCGGAGUGGUGGAUUCAAAAAUUUUGAUCGAGUUUGGGGGAUAAUUUUCUGCAGGAAAAAGGUUCUGUUGUGUGUCUUGGACUAUUUGGUUUGGGUGUUUCUAUUUGAACCCAGCAAAUUUCUAAAUAGACUCAGCAGAUAAAAAAUUGUGCCUAAUUUUCCAAUUUUGCCCUCAUUAUAAUACACCCUACACAAACCCACAAGUGUAGCGGUUGCUAUUGUUUACCGACGACAAGCCGGAACAAAAGAAACAACUGAGAUCGAGGCGGUUCCUAUUGCCCUCAAACUGAAAAUGGCUUCCACCGAGAUAAAGAAGACAUAGAAUUUUGCUACAAGCUCAUCAUAUUGUUCUGCUGCAUUGUUGGCACAGAACUCUGCAAGUUCAGGGAUCGCAAUUGUGGGUUCAUCUGAUUUUCAUGAGAUUGUACUUUGAGGAAUCUGGGAUUGUGAUUGCUGCAUGGACUGCAUAUACGGUGGGGGAGCUGCCCUUGCUGCAGAGAAGAAACAGGCUUCCUGUGUCUAUUUGUAUUAAUAAAAUUUAUUAUCUGCUUCUCGUAUAAACCCAACUUCUCCUUCAAACCAGGUGAUAUAUAUUAGAACCACAGAUUCUUUGCAUAUCUCUUCCUCAACUCAAGCCACAAACAAAUCUCUUCCAUUAAUUGAUUUGUCUCCAGCCUGAUAUUGCUACUGUCAAGGAUAUGCAUGUUAUGGCUAGAGUUUAGCAUCUGUUACAAGGCUAGGAUUGAGCAGUUUGAUAUUGUUGUAAUUCCAAUUGAAUGCUGUCUGUAAAUAUAAUCACGUAUACUGCUAUAUAUUGUAUAGAGUGCAAUUGCACAAAUCAAUGAAAAUCAAUUUCUUCAUGGUA